AUAAUCUGAUGUAGCCAAGCAACAACUCCUCCUGAUUCAGCAUGUUAAAAUAUAAGGGUCGUUCCUCUAAACAGGAGAACUUAGCAGUCACUGCUGUUGCUUUACAAGAUCACAUUCUGCAUGAUCUUCAGCUGCGAAAUCUUUCACUAGUAGAUCAUUCCAAGACAAAGGUGCAGAAGAAAGAGCACAAAUCCAAAUCUCUGAAAAGAAGUGCGAAAGCAAUAGUAGAUACUGGGCUUGGAAAGACUACACAAGGCCCUGAAGUGCAGGACCCAGAAGAAGAAUAUGUUCUUGAUCCAAAACCGCCACCGUUAACUUUAGCACAGAAGUUGGGCCUGUUUGAACCUCCUCCUCUGCCACUAUCAUCAGAUGAAUGGGAAAAAGUGAAACAGAGAUCUGUCCUGCAAGGGGACUCCGUGCAGCCCUGCCCCAUCUGCAAGGAAGAGUUUGAGCUCCGCCCCCAGGUGCUGCUCUCAUGUUCCCACGUGUUCCACAGGGCAUGUCUUCAGGCUUUUGAAAAGUUCACCAAUAAAAAAACCUGUCCUCUCUGUAGAAAGAACCAGUAUCAAACCAGGGUGAUUCACGAUGGGGCCCGGCUCUUCAAAAUAAAGUGUGCGACCAGAAUCCAAGCCUCCUGGAGGGGACACGUGGUUAGAAAGUGGUACCGAGAGCUGCGGAGGACGGUGCCUCCCACAGACGCCAGGCUGAGGAGGAGAUUCUUUGAAGACAAGUUCACAGAGAUCAGUCACCGGAUGCUGUGCUCCUACCGCACGGACAUCGAAGAGCUCUUUUCAGAGAUCGACCACUGCUUGGCCAUAAACCGAAGUGUUCUACGGCAGCUGGAGGAGAAGUGUGGCCACGAGCUCGCGGAGGAGGACUGGGAGAAAAUCCAGGCACAGGCUCUGCGCCGGGAGACCCACGAGUGUCCCAUCUGCCUCACGCCGCUCUCCGUGGGCAGCGCCCCCUCAGGGCCAUGCAGCCCGCCCUCCCGGGAGGCUGUGCUCCUGUCCUGCUCACACACCUUCCACCACACAUGUCUCCUUGCCCUGGAGGAGUUCUCCCUGGGGGACGGCUCUCCUUUCCAUGCUUGUCCUCUCUGCCGCUCUCGCUAUCAAAAGAAAAUUCUUGAAUGUUGAAUUCAUAGUCAGGAAAAAUUAUAUAAUUCUGGGGGGAAGUUUACCUUAAUUUUGGACGGAUCGUGCAAGUUUGGGGUUCAGUACUAUAGUGAAAUAUGUUCUCCAGUGAAAUAAACCCUUAGCAGUUGUACAGAGAAAACCUAACUAUAUUUUAAAAGCUGACAACCCAUUUUAGUCUUU